AUGGAAGAUAUUAAUGAUCAACCCGAAGGUCAUCUAGAUCCAUCGACAGAUGAUUUAUCUCCGUUGAUAAAAAAACGAUUAAGUUUAAUAGAUGAUAUAGAAAAAGAUCAACAACAACAAUUAUCACCAUUACGAAAGCGACAACUAUCGAAUGUAUCUGUUUGUUCUUUAUUGGAUGUCGAAACUGACCAUGAAGCCAUAGAGUCAUUGGAAUUAUUGCUAAACAGUGUUGUCAAGAUCUUUUGCAAUUCAAUUCCAUACAAUUUUCAUUCGCCUUGGCAAGUGCAACCCCAAGUGGCUGUCAGACUAUCAGGGUUUAUAAUAAAAGACCGGUGGAUUUUAUCUAAUGCUCAUGGCAUUUCAAAUCACACUACUAUUCGUAUUCAAAAACAUGGUGAUCCGAAAAAAUAUCCUGGACGUAUAUUAUACAUUGCACAUGAAUGUGAUCUGGUUAUAUUGACUGUUGAUAACGAUCACUUUUGGGUUAAUGUAGAGCCGUUGACAUUCACUGAUAAGAUACCUCGAUUACAGGAAUCAAUAAUAGUUGUUGGUUAUCCAGUUGGUGGUGAUAAUUUAUCGAUAACAAAGGGUGUCGUUUCAAGAGUUUGUAUGGCAUUUUACUCACAUUCAUUAGAGUAUUUGUUAAAAAUACAAAUCGAUGCUGCAGUCAAUUCUGGUAAUAGUGGUGGACCGGCUAUUCAAGGUAAACAGGUUGUCGGCAUGUCAUUUGAAGUUAGGAAUGGCGCUCAUUCAGUUGGUUACAUUAUACCAGUAUUAGUAAUCAAACAUUUGUUAGAUGAUAUUGAAAAGCACGGUAGAUAUACCGCUUUUCCUAGAAUGAUCUUUCAAUACCAGUCAAUGGAAAAUUCAUCAUAUCGCAAAUAUUUAAAACUAAAUGAUGAUCAACAUGGUAUCUUAGUGACAUCAUUUGAUCUGGCAUGUAUUCUUAGCAAACUAUUACAGAAAGAUGACGUAAUUUUGGCUAUAGAUGAUGAAUCAAUUGCUGAUGAUGGUACGAUCUAUUUUCGUCGUGGUGAAAGACUUAACUUUCAACAUUUAAUGAAAUUAAAAUUUGUUGGUGAUACAAUUACCUUUAAAAUUAUAAGAGAAGGACAAGAAAUAACAUUAACAAGUUCACUCGAUAAGACUCCCGCACUUGUUCCAUGGCAUUCACAUGAUAAACGUCCAGAAUAUUUAAUUUACGCUGGAAUUGUAUUCACAGUAUUAACUCGCUUUUUUUCAUGUAAUGGUACAUUACAAGAAUUAACUCAACAAAUUGUUGUUAUUAAUCAAAUACUUGCUGAUGAUGUUAAUUAUGGAAUAGAUUCAGAUGUUAAAUAUGCUGUAUUAAAAACUGUCAAUGGGAUCGAAAUUAAUAAUAUUAAACAUCUAGCAGAAUUAAUUGAUGAAAUAUCAAAUAAGAAAGAUGAUGCUUUUAUUCGAUUUGAAAUGGAAACCAAAGAAAUUAUUGUUAUUGAAUGUAAAGAAGCUAAACAAUCAGAAGAAAGAAUUUUAACACAAAAUUCAAUAGCUCAUGCAAGAAGUGAAAAUUUACGUUAA